AUGUUAACCAGAAUAUGGUUGACUAUUAUAACAUCUAUUCUCUUGUAUAUCAUGUAUCUACCACCGUGCGAGUCAGGACUGCUCUUGUUUCUUUUCUGUCUAGUGUAUCCGUAUUUUUGCUCUGAUACAGCAAAUGAUUUUGUGGAGCGAAGGUCAGCUAUGAUUGAUAGUCCGGAGACCUCUCUGACUGUUGCAUCAUCACGGACACAGAAGUGA